GGAUUGUUUCUAGGAGUGACAACUGUGUUUAGUUUAUGUUUGUUUGUGUUCGUUUAAAUUUCUUCAAAUGUUAGCCAGAAGGUACGUGUUAGGUAAUAUGGUCGGCUUCGAAAAUCUUAAGAUAGGAUCCCGUGUUCAAACUGUAAAAAACGGAGAAAUAUUGACAGGGAUUGUGAGAUACAAAGGUGGAUUGAAUACAAAAGAAGGUGAUUGGGUUGGCGUGGAAUUGGAUACUCCAGUUGGUUAUACCAGCGGAUUGCAUAAAGGCCACAGACAUUUUCAAUGUAAAGAUAUGUAUGGCAUUUUCAUCAGACCGCGAAAGCUGUUCUUGAUGGCUAACUGGAGAGUUAGAAGCCAGAAUAUGUACCGGUCUGUCAACAAAGAGUCGUAUGUUGAUGAAACACUCUUUGCCAAAAAAGAAACAUCAAGGCACAUCUCAGUUCACACAACACUGAAGUCACAUGUUCAGAAGAACAUGAACUUUCAUAAAGUGCACGCAGUUGGCCACAGUCUCUUAUCUGCAAAAACGAAAGAAAAUUGCAAAGAAAGACGUCAUCAUCUCUCUGGUAAAAUGUUGUUUCAAAGCUCGCCAUCCAUUCCAAACUAUUAUGUACCACGCAAAGUUUUCAGACGCAUGAUGGAAAGAAACGAUUUUGGCACUUCAAUGCCACGAGUAAAUACUUUAUACUGACUGUUUUACUCUUGACCGAAAAUUUAAUGAAGCUACGUAAAGCCUCUAUCGUAUUUUUCCCAAUGUCCUUGUUUAAUUGUAUAAAUCAACCAUUGAAUGGUGUAGGGGUAAAACGUUUUACAGGAUACAAACCUUGACUUUGGUAUCAAUUGUCGUGAUUUCGAGAGUUGUUAGUACAAAGGCAUGCUGUUAUAUACAUUUCUGGUUUUUGCGCUCAA